AUGAGAUUUCUUUCGAAGCCCGGCCUGGUCCGAGCCCACGCAGGCCCAAAGCCCGGGCCACCCGGCCUGACGCACAAGCCUGGUGAACACGCAACGGAGCCCAAAUCAUCGAUAGAGCGCAAAUUCUCGAGAAAUUUCAGCCAACAUGUCUUUUUUUCCACUCUGUUUUCAUGGAAAUCCCGGAAUUCUCAACCCUAAUGCUCCGACUAAUGCAAAUGAGUUGCUGCUUGGCCGAAAUAUGGAAAUGGCUCCGAAAUUGAUGCUCUCCGGUCGCAACAACGAGUUGCGACCGCCACAGAUGAAUGAUGUAUAUCCUGGCGGAGGCCCUAAUGGCGUUUUACCGCCCUUGUUCCCGUGUCUCUUUCUUCUUCGUCUUCCCAUUUUUGGCGACGACGGUCGUUAAUAGUCAAUUCGAGGCGGCGGCGGAUCCGAUGGCUCGAUUGUUAUUGUUGCGAAUUCAUUCUACCGUAUGCCAUCGUAUCGAGACCCCAUUCGCUUCAGUUCAUUUCUUUUAUCGAGAGUGGGAAGAGGUAAUGGGAUCUUCUGGAAGUUUGACUUAAGUUGGACCGGAAAAAAGUUGAAAAGCCCAUCUUUCUUGAUAAGUGGCCACAUCUUUCACUAGAGACUUUCACUGCCCCCCACGGCGGUAUUUCACGAACUUUGAAGCUUCAAAAUCCGAAAACCAGAUCCGUUGCGAGAUAUUUCACUCCUGUUCUACAGCAACUUAGAUUCAGCAAAGUUUGGUCCAAAUUUCAAUUGGGGGCAAAAAAACAGUUAGUCAGUUCUGAAGAUUGAAGUAAAGUUGAAGCCAGAAAUUUUCUAUUUUUUGAAGAAAGUCCCUACGUUUUCCUACUCUCUCCAUUUCGCAACAUUUUCAAACCUCUCAAAAACGAAGUUUUUCGAGAAAGUUUGAGGUCGUAAACUUGUAGCGGCGGCCGUAGAAGGCGUCGAAAUUCAAGACGUUGGCAAUACGAGGCGGCAGAUCGCCAUCAGUCAUAACCCACGGGGCGACACCUUUGAACCGACCCUUUUACGGUUUGCAACCGGCGAGGUCGAUUCGAAUGGACUUCACUUGACUUUUACGAGUUUUCUCGUUGGACCAAGAAAAUUCAAAAUUCAACUUUUACUUGGGUGGUCAGUCAACAGCGGACAUGUGUACAUUCAAAAAUCCGUAGCUCUUUACAAAAAGUCUUCGUUCAAAUGUACAGUUAACUGAAUAAUCCUCCUGGAUUUUUUGAAGGCAAGACUGAAAAACUUUUCAAGUGACCACUAUGCUCCUUUAAACACCGCAACAGGCUGUAGAAUCAAGUUUACUCAAAAGAAACACGUUAUACGAGCGGCCGACAAUAUGGACCGAUGCCAUUUGACGCCCCGACGCUCUGUGGGGCGUCGAGCGGCUUCGAGUCCGGAUUUCAACACGAUCCCCACAGUUAGUCGAUAUUUUGAAAGGCUCGUUGAUGGAUAGUUUACUGGAAGGGAAUUCAGUCGUACAAAAAAGCGGAAGUUUUGUGAAAAAAUAAUGUACUUAGGACCUCCAGAAUGGUCCCUAUAGGGGCAACCUGAAGAGCCUUUGGAGGAUUCCCUCUAGGGGCCACUAUACCAACCCCUACAAGGGCCUUUAAAGCUCGCAAAAGUGAGAGCAUUAUAGUCCUAUAGGGAGCAUUAUAGUCGAUAACUUUAAUGAACUCUAUGCGAAGAAGCAUUUCCAUGUGAAAAACCAAAUAAAUAGGCGUUUUUUGAACAAAAUUGGAAGACCCCUAUAAGGACCACUUGAGCUUAGGGGUUAAGGGGUCAGGCCUUAAGUCCCUAUGAGGACCACCUUGAUUUUUUCCCUACAGCGACCACUAUUGGAACUGGAGAUGAUAUUCUGAAAUCCCCAAACUUCAAAGUUAUGGUUUUCUGAAAAAAAGAUACGCUUAAGAAGUCCAAUUUUUGACGCAUUUCUCGAAAAAACGAGCAUUGAAUCUGACUCUGGCUUCCGGGAUGGUUUCCUGAUACAUUGAAGAGUAUUCCGGCCUAAUUUCAGAAAUUUAUGAACCUAUAAGUAUUAUUAACUCCUUUGAAAAGAUUUCUUGAACUUCCCAGAUAGCUUCAAAAAAAGAUUUUCCAGCUUCUCUGAGAAAAACUAAAGUUGAAACCCACUAACAUCUUCUAAAAACCCCUCAAAACAGAGCCCGAGCUUGUCACACGACUAAUCACCUCUCGUAAACACGUCGGAAAAGGCAAAGGCAACAAAUGCGCGACGAUAACUCAUUUGGGCGGCACAAUGGGCUUGGUUCGACUCCAAUUGGCGGCUGCCUCCGGAUUUAUGGUCUGA